CUCAACUGGUCUCCCACAUGAUAAAGCAGAAGCUCACUGCUGAGCUUUAGGUCUUUUUCACUUGAGCUUACCGCAGACAGCUAUCAUCAGAAUGGCGGAAAACGAGCACAAUCCUCUACUCUCCGCACACCCAUCAUCGGAGUCGAGCUUGCUCAUCCACCUUCACCCGCUUGUCUUGUUGACAAUCUCAGACUAUAUCACCAGACAUACACUGAGGAAUCAGGAGGGUCCGAUUGUGGGAGCAAUACUUGGACAGCAACACGGCCGCGAAGUUAGCUUAGAGCAUGCAUUUGAAUGUAAGCUAGUCGCAACAGACGACGGCAAUGUGAUGCUCCAUCAAGACUGGUUUGAGGAGAGAUUACAGCAAUUUAAGGAUGUCCACAAACCUCCAGCUCUAGAUCUUGCUGGCUGGUUCACUAUCACUCCCAAGUCUGGCCCGCAGUCUCACCACCUACCUAUCCAUCGAUACAUUUUGCACAAGUAUAAUGAAUCGGCAGUUCUGCUCGCCUUUCAUCCGUCGAGUCGAGAGGACGGUCCCGUUGGAGGUAAACUUCCUCUGACCAUCUAUGAGAGCAUAUAUGAAGGAGACAGUCAUGCCACCGCUGGCGGGGAGGCAGGCGACAAUGAAAUGCAGGUUGAAGGCGAAGAUGCCCUCAAGCUGAGGUUUCGCGAGUUACCAUAUUCUGUGGAAACCGGGGAGGCGGAAAUGAUCGGGGUCGACUUUGUUGUUAGAGGAGGAGGCGGUGCCGUUGCGGUUGAUCCAAGCACAAAGCUCGGAUCGAAGAAGGCAAAGGCUGCAGAGAAGAAAACUGAUACGGACUCUGUCGUUCUGUCUCCCGAAGACGAAGAAUUAAUUGCAACUCUCACUGCUAAAGCAAACGCCACCAGAAUGCUGCAUUCGAGAAUCAAGCUUAUCAGAGCAUAUCUCACUAGCCUCCCUCCAUCUUACCUUACUACUGGCGUUGAGUCUACCUCUUCAACGGAAAAUGCUGCUCAGCCGACCUCGCCACAGCAUUCCGAGAUCAACCACACCAUUCUACGAUCAAUACAAGCUCUCCUCCAGCGGCUGCCGCUACUGAUACCUGCCAACAGCCAAGCUUUUGAGCAGGAGUCUCUUGCCGAAAAGAAUGAUGUAUCCCUGGUGACGUUGCUUGGAAAUUUGAGCAACGGUGCCAAGGACAUCAAGGAACUGGGAAGGAAAUUUUAUCUGAUCGAUAACCAUCGCCAAGCAAGACGUAAGACCGCAGGCGUUCCGGAGGACAUGAUUCCUAUGAGCGCUGGCGGUGCAGGUGCUGGCGCAUAUGCCAGUCCGACUGCAGACUUUGAGAGGAAAGAUGGCUUGAGUUUCAAAGAGUUUGAGCAGCUUUCGGCGAUGCAAGCAAGCAAGUAAUGUACUUUCAUGGAGGUAAAAUCCAUUUACUCAAUUAGGCAAGGGGACACGCAUGUGCUAAAACUUCUCGGCAUUUUAAGGAGUGCAAACAGUCCAAGAAUUUGCUACUGGUUUUGAUGAGGUAUUUCAAGGCGCACGAGAAUAAUGAGCUAUGGCGUUGAUGAGUUUUUCGAGAUGUUAUUGCAUACAUACAAACCUUAAUCUGAAAAUAUCCUUUAAUGAAUUUUUGACACGUGUAUUCCGCUUGCGCGUUCUUCCUGGUUGAAUGGAGACUCAGGUCUCAGUGACAACCAUCUCACAUGC